GACUCAUUUGAAACGACAGCCUGUGGUCUGUCUUGGUUAAGUUAUCCACAUCUUUGAUAAGAGAGCGCUUGUCGAGUCGUUGAUAGUUCGCAAAGCAAGGUACCCCAACUCGGAGAAACCGACGCGUAGGUCAAACCUUGCCUCGGUUUAAUUCACAUAUGUAUUAUUUUUUUCCCCAGUUUUUUUUCUGGUAGAAUAUUCCCAAACCUCGAUAAUUAAAUUGUAUUCCGCGGCAUGUAGUCAGCGUGCUGUCUAACGUUACCGGCUUUGCGCCAGGAGUGAAGACCAAUCAAUCACCGGGUACCUUCGCUAGCUAGGUUGUGUGUACGGUGUGGUGUUGCUGAGGCAAGGGAAAAACGCAGCGGUCACCGGUGACUGGAUCUUGUGGCGUGAGCACUAAUGCUGUCUAACAAACACGGCGAAUCCCAGUCACCGGUGUAAAACGCGGUGUGUAAAAUACAUCUUGCAGCACUCGACCCAUAUUAUAAUAAUAGAUAGGUCGAUAGUGGGAGAAGCGCAAGGAUGUUGCAAGUGCUGGCUUGCGGCGUCGUAGUUUUUCCCGGACUCUUCUUCGUCUUUCGGAGGGUACUCCCGUCCAUUUUCAAACAGUGGACCGAUGCAGACGUUGUACUGGUCAGCGAGAGGCUGGUGUCCUCCAUCCACGCCAUCAUGGCCACCACGGCAGGAGUCAUCGUCGUGUUGGCAUGCAGCGGUGACGUCAUGACUGACAGGUACUGGCUGGCCACCUACUUUGUCAUCUGGUACGGCGUGCCCUACAUGACAUACGAUAUCUACGCCAUGUACCUCAGCCACUACUACCGCUUCCGGGUCAAGGGUCACGAGGAGUAUAAGGAGCACUCGUUGACCACGGUCAACUCGUUUGUCCGCCGUGAGUUCCUGCUGGUGCUCCACCACAUCGCGCUGCUCACCAUCCUGCUGCCCGUCACCCUGUUCUUCAGGAGGGACCAGGGCGAUUACUUCAUCGGCUGCCUGUUCCUCACAGAGCUCAGCACGCCCUUCGUCUCCUUAGGGAAGAUCCUCAUCCAGCUGGGUCUGCAGGACUGCUGGAUCCAUAAGGCCAAUGGGGGCAUGGUGUUGCUCAGCUUCUUCCUGUGUCGAAUCGCCCUCUUUCCCUACAUGUACUGGGUCUACGGCCGCCACUACGGCAUCCCUGUCUACGGCGUGCCGUUCCACCUGACACUGUCGGUCAACCUGGGCAGCCUGUGUAUCCUGGCACCGCAGGUCUACUGGUUCGUGCUGCUCUGCCGCAAGGGCUGGCGGCUCUACCAGCGCCAGUGUCACUCCUCCCCCCUGCCCCCACCUAGCCCCCCCUCCCUCACGGACAACCAACCCAAGGGAAACCAUUAGAGCUGGAGAGCUCACUCCGUCACCAUCGCGCUCUCUCUGUUCUUUCUCGGUUCUCUCUACUCUAUAUGCGCUCGAGUCACACAAAAAUGAACCACCAUCGACUACUACUUACUACUUCUACUGCAGAAGCACUUCGGCUACAUACCACAGUCUCCACAAAACUACUACCGUUACUACUAUGAUUCCACUAGUACUGCUACUGCUCCUCCUCCCCCUGAGCCCCCACCCAUGUUUCCCUUUUGCUUCUAUACUACUGAUCGCUCCAUGCCCAGUCCAAGCUCUACUCAAAUUUUUGUGUGUGCUUGGUUUAGAGUGACUGGACAGGGGUUAUAUUUGUAGUGCUACACUGGAGUUUCCCUAAAAUAUAUGAAGAAGACCGAGAAUGGAGGUCCUGGCUUUUGUCGGAGGGGGGGUGGGGGUCCUGAUACACUCCCCCGGCCCCUCCACUUCAUCUAUUACUUGCUCUGCUGAUUGGAAGAUCAGUUAGUGUAGAUGAAUGUGUAUGUAGAAUUUGUUGAUUUAUUUUGUUUUGUCAAUGGGUUUUAUGUCAAGUCCUGAAGAUUCACAUUUUAUGAAGUGUUUGUCCACCCACCCAGUCCUCAUCUUUAAAAGACCGCCGGCGGGAGAGGAGGAGGAGCGGGAAAGGGGACUUGGCAUGGAGAUAGUAAUGGUGACAAGGCUGGGUGGUGGGUGGAGGGGUGGAAUGGGAUGGGGUGUUUACAAACUGAGAGGUACGGGUGUCACCUCAUCUACAUUUGAAGGAGAAAAUGAGAAAGAAAUGUUUGCACCAAGCUCUUUGCACCAGCAUAGCUACACAAAAACCCAUUUAAUGUGAUUGGAUUGUGGAACUCCACCCUCCUUUAUCCACCUCAGCGCCUCCCCAUUGUCCCGUUUCCUCAUUCACAGUUCUCCAUGGCUGCCGCCGCUGGCCAAUCGGUGUGCCUGCAGCGCGCCCGUCUUCCUCCUUUGUUGUUUACGGCCCAACAGGGUUCUGUGUGCUGCCCUGCUGCGUCUGUUUACAUGAAUUCUCUAAACCCACGCCCCUCAGUGUCACACAGGGUGGGGCAUCACAAGCUAGGAGCCUCUCUAUAUUAUGUGCUGUGUCCUCCCUACCGAAAGGGGGUGGCUUAGCAAAAGCUUUGUCCGUAUGUUUACAUACACAAGACUUCUCUGGGAGCGCUGUAGCAGCAUUAGAAGGAAUGGGCUCGUUUAGUCCCGGGUUCGACUCCAUUGCAACAGCUGAAGCUGCUUUUAAUGGGUGGAGACAAGACUUUACGGUCACUCGACGUCAAGUUUGCGGGGUGGGAGUGGUGGGGUGAUUCUGUUAGGUCAAUGCUGCCCUCUGGCAACAGGAGGUCUGGGGGCCACAUGGGAGGGGCUUGUAUACCACUGGGCAUCCCUUUUAAGGUCAUUGUGUUCUCCAGGGACCGGCCCAGUAGGUGCCAGUUGGUGCAAUAAAACAGACGGGGUUGAAAAUGGCGAGGACAAUUUAAAACCCCAUGUAGUAGAGAUUAACCUGAUGUUUAGAUU